CUUUGGAUUAUAACUCAAAACAAAAAAAAAAUAUGGUAAGGCCACAUGUUGUGGUCAUACCUUACCCAGCACAAGGCCAUGUUCUUCCUCUAAUGAGUUUCUCACGUUACCUUGCGAAACAAGGAAUCCAAAUUACAUUCGUAAACACCGAGUUUAACCACAAUCGCAUCAUCAGUUCCUUACCGAAAUCAUCCCCUGAUGAUUAUGUUGGGAAUGGGAUCAAUCUUGUUUCCAUCCCUGACGGUUUAGAAGAUUCACCAGAAGAGAGGAACAUUCCAGGGAAGUUGUCUGAAUCGGUUUUGCAUUUUAUGCCUACCAAAGUAGAGGAACUGAUCGGGAGGAUGAUCGCGGACAGUAGCGGUGGUACUGGUACGAUCAUAAGCUGUGUUGUAGCCGAUCAGAGCUUGGGAUGGGCAAUCGAAGUUGCGGUUAAGUUUGGGAUCAGACGUGCUGCUUUUUGUCCCGCCGCAGCUGCGUCUAUGGUUCUUGGAUUUAGUAUUAAGAAACUCAUCGAUGAUGGUCUCAUAGAUUCUGAUGGGACUCCGAGUGUAAACAAGACAAUUCAACUAUCUCCUGGGAUGCCGAUGAUGGAAACAGACAAGUUUGUGUGGUUUUGUCUGAAGAACAAAGAAUCUCAAAGGAACAUAUUCCAACUUAUGCUUCAAAACAAUGAGUCAGUUGAGUCAACGGAUUGGUUGUUGUGUAACUCCGUGUAUGAACUCGAAACAGCAGCCUUUGGAUUGUGCCCACAAAUAUUACCAGUUGGUCCCAUUGGUUGGGUUCAUAGUCUUGAAGAGGAUUCCAUUUCCACGUCACUAGGAAGCUUUUUACCUCAGGACCGGGAUUGUCUAGAAUGGUUGGACCGGCAGAUUCCCGGUUCGGUUAUAUAUGUUGCCUUUGGGAGUUUUGGGGUUAUCAGCAACGCUCAGUUAGAAGAGCUAGCAAUUGGUCUGGAGCUUACCAAGAGGCCGGUCUUGUGGGUCACCGGCUCCGGUUAUCAACCACCAAUCAAAGUCGGCUCGGAUCAGGUCAAAGUGGUGAGAUGGGCACCACAACGGGAGGUACUUUCUUGUGGAGCCAUUGGAUGUUUCGUGAGCCAUUGUGGAUGGAAUUCAACUUUGGAAGGAGCCCAAAAUGGCAUACCAUUCUUAUGCAUCCCUUAUUUUGCAGACCAAUUUAUCAACAAAGCAUAUAUAUGCGAUGUAUGGAAGAUUGGAUUAGGAUUUGAAAGAGAUGAACAAGGAGUGGUUCCGAGGUUAGAGGUGAAGAAGAAUAUCGAUGAGAUCAUGAGAGACGGUGGAGUGUAUAAACAACGAGCCAUGAAGGUUAAAGAGAUCAUGAUGAGAGGGGUUGCAAAAGAUGGAGUUUCUUAUGAGAAUCUUCAUAAAUUUGUCAGCUGGAUCAAAUCACAAGUGAAUUGAUAAAGUUUCAAUAGAUUCGCAAUGCAUGCAUAUUAUUACAAUGUUUCUAAAGAACGAUAAAAUGCAAAAGAAAUUAAAUGUAUCCAAUUCAAGCUUUCAAACCAAACAUCCAACAAACUUAUUAGUGUGUGUAUGGGAAAAUUAUGAAGAGAACAAAAAAUCAAAACAGAGGAUCUCUAACAUUUUCCAGUAGAGGAUAAAGAGUAAAUUGGUACAUUUAUUUUACCAGCGAUGAUGUGAAAUUAUGAAAGAUACAGUAAGAAAAAACUCAAAAA